ACGUCGCCUGGGGCUGGCUCGCAGAACCGUUCCAACUUCCACCGCGGUCGCAGCCAUCAUUGUGGGUCAAGUUUUUGAAAAAGCGAGAGAGAAAAAACUCACCCAAGGAAAACAUAGCAGUCACUCUCGAAACUAUAUCGAUAUCCCUCCCCCCCAGCCCCGGUCGGUUUGACAGCAGCACGUGCCGAUCGUUUCUUAACAAUAACGGAAAGCAAUAAUCGAUAAAGAAACUAAAUCAACGUCUGCAACAGUCGAUCAACGAUACAGAGCAAAAAUGGUUUACGAAAGCGACUUCUACACGACCCGGCGUCCCUAUUCUCGCCCGUUGGUAUCCUCCUACACUGUCACGAGUCCUACAGUACUACCUCUUUCCUCCGUCAUUCAGGUGAGGUCGUAUCCUCAUAUGCCGUACGUGGCGCACAAAAGGCUAGUGACAUUUGUCCACACGCCCGUACACACCAUCUACCACACGGGAACACCGCUACCCAUCAGGAUUCACUCGCGGGUAAGGCCGAGCGUUUUGGCCGCCGAAUACAACAGGAUACGGGACCUUCCGAGGUCCUCGAGCGCGUCCUACACCGAGAGAUACCUGAACUCGAAAGACAGCAUCCUCUUCGACGACGAGGCCAGGCAGAUACGCGCCAAGGCCGACGCCCUGCUUCGCCGCAUCCACGUCUUCGUCCCCCGACUGCCGGCGAGCGAUUUCCACGAGGACAUCGUGCCGCUCGAGCGUCUGCGUAGCGACGACUACAUCCGACGACUUCUCAGCGCUCGCAAGAACGUCCAGAAGGAAAUGGAGCUCGCGCCCUGGUACACCGUCCCCGAACAGCGCAACCUCGGCAAGGGCCAUCUCGCCUCCGUCCAGUACGUCGGAGGGAGGCCCCACUCGCGCAGGAGGCCCUACUUUAAGGUUGCCGACCUCAGGCCCACCGACAUUCUGAACGACGUCAAUCUCCUCAGCUUCUACAGCAAGAAUCGGCAGGCCGCAGCUUACGCCUCUCCCGUAAGUCCUCUCACCGACAGAGAACAGCGAAAGGCACGAGCGGUUGAACCCGAAUGGACGUCAACGCCGGCGCCGGCGCCGCCGCAGAAUGCUGCAUCUCCUCCUCCGCCAGAGCCCGAGGAACCUGUUGUCGAGAAGAAGAAGGAAAAGAAGGAGAAAAAGGAGAAGAAGAAGGAGAAAGAGGAUAGGAUGACAGCCGCCGAGGAGGAGGCAGCGUUGAAGAGGGCCGAGGAAUUCCUAGCGAAGCAAGCCGAAGAGGCUAGAAUCGAGGCGGAAAGAAAACUGGCAGCUGAACAAGAGCGUCUCCGGCUGGAACGAGAGGAGGAGGAGGCAAGAAUCGCCCUGGAGAGGGCGCAGGAGGAGGCGGAGGCCGAGAGGAAACUCGAGGAGGCGAGACUCGAGGCUGAGCGAAUCGAGGCGGAGAGGAUAGCUCAGGAAGAAAGAUUGGCACUCGAAAUUGCUGAGAUCGCUGCCGCGGAAGCGGAGCAGGAGAGACUCGCGCUCCUGAAGAGGACCGAGGAGGAACACAAGAAGCAGCAGGAGGAAGAACGCCUGGCCGCUGAGGCUGCAGCCGCCGCAGCGGAGGCCUUGGCCGCGGAAGAGGCCCAGCUUGCUCAGGACGCGCUCGACGAGGCUCAGAGAACCCAGCAGGAACAGGAGGAGCGGCAGGAUGAGACGAUCGUCGACGAGGAGCCUCAGAUCGACGAGGUUGCCGCCAACGCGGAUGACGAGGCCAACGCCGGAGCUGAAACGUUCGUCGAGGAGCCGGUCGACGUCGAGGGUGGCGACAGCAGACCGGAGGAGGAUCCGAUCGUCGAUAACGACGUACCGCAGAUCGAGGAGGUCACUUCCGGCGGGGAGGAUAUCUGGGGGGACAAAGAGGACGCGUAAUCCUGCCGCGGCUCGAACGAAGAAAGAAUAAAAAUCCAAUAUUCCUCUCCGACUCACUCCUAUAUACCGGCGAUCGCGUUAUCACCUCGAACGUAUUAACAUACAGUAUGAAUAUAGUUUUAUAUACCUAAUACAUUAAUAUCGUAGACGUAUCUACGCGUGUAUAGAAGUAUAUUAUACAACUCGUUAACUAGUUUAUCUUACUUGCCUUCUUGUCGGAAUUGAACAAUUUCACAAUACCAAAUAGGUACAUAAUUAUAUGUGUAGACGUACCGCAUACCCAUGCAGUGUACAAACAAUGACAACGAACGUUCGUGGAAAUACCAUCAAAUAUUGGGACGAAUCACCGUUUACGACGCGUAAACAGCUUAAAUUCUAACCCUGAACAUAUUUCACCGUAUAAUAAUAUCAUAGGGAUUAUGGGCAAUCAUUUACUGUAACAAUAUAGACGCGUAACGGUCGCUUCGUCGACUAUGUCGACGUGUGACAGGCCGCGAAGUGAUCAAUUUUGCGAUUAAUAACACCCACCUUGGACCACCGACAAAUCAUAGAAGAAUCACAGGACGUGUGAUAACCUCACGUGCAAAUUAUACGGGCAACGCGCGAUAUAUCUCUCUAUGUUAUUAAAAAACAAAGGACGUGAAACACGAGCGCAUAAAUUACGCGCGCAGAUAGAAAAAUUCUACUCAUCAUAUGUAUACUAUAUAUAUAUAUAUAUAUCUAUGCUUAUGUUGCAACUAUUAUAAAUGUGUAUUGUCAUGAUAUGUUAUCUAUUUUCGAUGUAUUUUAUCCACGACUCAACAAUAUACGUGCCAAAGUGUUUGGA